AUGUCCAGCGCAGUCAGUUUAUCACCAGCUGAGAAGAAGUCAAUUGAGAAUGUACUUACACAGAGAAGAGAAGAGGGUCGCUUGAUAUCAAAGGUGACGCCAAUUAAUGAGAAGAAGAAUAAGAAGAAGGGCGAUAUGACAUUGAUACUUGGUAUAAACAGGUUGUAUCUGUUCAAGGCCAGUGGCAAGGUACAGGAGGAUCUACAUUAUUUGGACAUCACAGAGAUACAGAGUCCUACCAGCCACGAGAUCACCAUCAAAUUCAGAAGUGGACAUCACAUCAAGUUCCAAUCGGCCGACACCGAUGUCAUCCUCAAGAACCUCUACACCGCCCUCGUCACCUCAUUCCCUGCGAUCACCAUUGGCAAAGCCCUCAUCUUCUCGCUUAACCCCGAGUCGAGGCUAGUCACUAUAUUCUCUGCAGCAAGCAUGAAUAAGGACGUUGGAGCAUGUGGAUCAUUCGCGACAACUUACAAGUCAGUGUGCGACUAUAUGAACAUCCAGCCAUUGUCUAGUGUGUUAUGGGACAUUGAGAAUAUGUACCCAUUCAAUUCGAUAAAGGAGUUCAACUUGAAUGAGAUAUACCAGUAUGGACCUAGCGACCUGCGAGCUCUUAUAACAUCGUUCGCCUACAAUAACUACUUCACAUCGUUCGUGGCCAACAACUGCAAGCUCUCAAACGAGGAGACCAACCAGCUGGCUGAGUCACUAAAGAUGAACACCACCAUGCAGAAGCUCUGUCUGAACAACGUCCAAUCGUCCAAAGAGUCGCUCAUGGCCGUCCUCUCAUCCGCCACAGAGAACAAGGCCAUCAAACUACAACAUCUCAACCUUGGCAACAACUAUCUCGAUAGCAAGGGUCUGGCAUCGCUUGGAACAACAGUCCAAUCAUUCCCAACAGGAAUAAGUUAUUUGAAUGUGGAAAAUACUGGAGGCGGAGGCAAGGCCAUGGAGGCUUUGUUCAACUCUAUUAUGACUUCGGCAUCAGCCUCGACUUUGACAUUCCUAUCGAUUAGCAACAACAAGUUGGAGGCGGCAGGUACUGCCGCACUUUGUAAGCUGCUGCACAAGGCAGCCCAACUCAACACUCUUCAGAUGUCAAACACAUCGCCCGUCUAUGGCCAGUUGCGCAGCGGGUGCACUCCGCUCAAGGUACUUGACUUCUCGGGAAACAAGCCAUCGUCGUCAAAAGAGACAAUGAUGGAGCUGCUUGGCUUCUUCAGACAGCUGCCACAGCUGACGCACAUCAACCUGUCCCGUCUGGGCCUCAGUGGCGACGACCUCAAGCUCAUCUUCAGUCCAGCCACCUCGCUUCUCAAGGUGCCCAACGUCGACCUCUCGGACAACGACCUCGGUGACGCUGGCCUGCUCAAGUUGUGCGAGGUCAUGUACCCCAACUCCAACCUGCGCCACCUGGCCAUCGAUAACAAUCUCAAGAGUCGCUCCAAACUGCGUGUUAGAGCAAUUGAGGCCCUUUGCAACUUGAUCGAGGACAACGUAGGCAUCGAGUCACUGUCGGUCGCCUCCAUAUCCAAGGGCCUCAAGGGUGACCUGGUGCCUCUAGUUAUGACCCUGCUCAAGAAUGAAUCUCUGGUCAAGCUGGACAUCAGUGGCAAUGGCAUUGGCGACCACGGCGCUCUCGUGCUCUCCAAGGUGCUGUGGAAGAACAAGACACUCAAGAGCGUCAAGAUCGACGGUAACGACUUCUCGGCGGGCGCGCUAAAGAUCAUUGAGCAGGCACUCAAGAGGAACCCAAGCCCAGCCACUCUGGUCUAUCUUCCAAUUAUGGAUGUAAACGCCAUGCUCCUUGCCGACAAGUCCGCACCCAGCCACGACAUGAUCCACAAGACUCUAGUAGACAUCCAGAACAUAGUUAGCAACAGUGCACAGGCUCAGAUGCCCGCCGCCGUCGACGGCGUGUCGCCAAUGAAGCUUGUGGGUCUGGGCAGUGGUGGAAGUGGUGGCAGCGCAUCAAGUCUGACCAUUGGCCGCCGAUCGAUUGGAUCAACUUCGCCUGUCAGCGCGUCCACCAAGCCCGCCGCCAAACCAGCCCCUAUCGACGGCAUGAAUGCCAAGCGACCAGCUAUUCGUGGACCACUAUAUCCAGGCCGCCAGAUCCAGACCUCGGCGGAAACCUUCUCCAAGGGUGCCUCCACAACAGUAGAGAUACCGCCAAUAGUCUCGCGAUCAGUCGACUUCCUCGUGGCCAACGGCACCAAGGUUGUUGGCAUCUUUAGAACGUGCGCCAGCGCAACUUUGCUCAAGAAGAUCAAGGCCCGCUUCGAAGCUGGCGAGGAUCUGGACCUUGUCGCCGAGAACAUCGACCCCGACACAGUGGCAGGCGUGCUCAAGAGCUAUUUCCGUGAGCUCCCCGUGCCCAUAUUCCCCGAAACGAUUCACGAGCGCUUCUUCCAAGCCUCGCGCAUGCCCACGAACGAGGAGAAGGCCGCUGCAUAUCGCGAGGUCAUUGAGCAGCUGCCAGCACUCGAGAACAAGAUGUCCAAGCGUCUAUUCCAUCUGCUGCAUCUUAUCUCGCUGGAGAAGAGUGAGAACAUGAUGUCACCAGAGAACCUUGCGAUAUGCUGGGCCCCUACACUUUUUAGAUCGUUCUCCUCCGAGCUGCUGCCGAUCAACUCGUUCCUUGUGGUCAACUACUACGAGAUCUUUGAUCCAGAGAAUGCACCUGUUAAGGCCAAUACCAACGGCGCUGCGACCACACCAAGCGAAGAGUCGCCACAGAGCGCCAAUGAAGAGCCGCUGCCAGGCUCGCCUCCCUCCGACGUACAUGGCGAAGAGAUUCCAAUGGACGGCACAGCGACACUGCGAGGCAAGCGAUUCACACGCGCCAAGAGCACCUACUCGCCCGUUAUUGGACGAAGAACGAUCAGAGAGCGAGAUUCACAGGGUUGGACAGAGUCGUCGAGAACACUUUCAUCACUAUUCCAGGAUGAAUGGCAGCCAGAGACCUCCAACAACAACAGUCCACCAAGCUAA